AUGGAUGUUAUUACCUGCAUUUUUUAUAUUUUUAUUUUUACCUUGUGUGCAAAUAGCAUGGACCCCGCAAAAAAGGGAAACGAAAACUUUCCUGCAAGAAAUUCGACUGAACGAGCAAUAAAUUUCGAUUCAGCAUAUCCUUCUUUUAACAUACAUUACAAUUUUGAACCGAAAGACUGGAGGAAUAUAGAAUUAGUUGAAAAGGAAAAAAACGACUUUUUAAAUAAUAUAAAAAGAGAAAUAGGAUCAAUGGAAGAGGAUAAAAUAAAAAUAAACUUUGUUUUAAAUAUUCAAAAACAGCAAAUAGAAGAAUUAAUAUUUUUAAUAAACCAUAUUAAAUACACUAUGAAAAACAAUAAAGACGAAGCAGAUGAAGAGGAACAAGAGCUUGAAAUGCCUCAAUAUUUAAGGAGCGGUAAUUUUAAUAAUAGUAAGGCUGAUAACAAUAAAAUGGAAGGACUUUUCAACGAAAUAAAUGAUUAUACAUUAAACAAAUUUCGGUUAAUAGAACAAGAUAACUUUUAUCAUAAUUUGGCAGAACAGUGGAUUAGCUAA